AUGGCACUUCGGUCCUCGGAGCGGUCUUUCUCAUACCCGGAAAUCUUAUCAACGACCACCGUCCAUGGGCCGGGGCAGGAGGAGAAGAACCGAGUUGUAACGUGUGCAAUUGAAGCCACGUGGGUGAAGUACGAGAUCUAUGCGGCUUCCACCACUCCCCACCUCGCACAAGCUGUGCUGGGUCUAGAUAAUGACACACUUGCUGCCGCUACUUACGCCAAUCUUCAAACGUGUUCAUCCCGUUAUCUAGAAUACGCACUAGAAGCUAAAUCAUCAGUACGUGCUGGCUCUAGAAUCCACAUGGACCCAAGUUGGGCGUCGUCUUUAAACCAAGCCCGGCCGAACUCGAGUGUGACGACGCUUGAGAAUCUCUUCCAAAACUUGGCUGCGCAGGAAAACUUUAAUCGUAACAGUCUCGACGGAUUCUCGUCCACGUUGGUGGCAUCUGUCUUUGCAGAUGGCAUUUCUCGAGUUGGCAUAGACAAGCACACUUUGAUCAUCGACCCAAAGUGUAAUGGUGACGACUGCGACCAACGCAUGAUGGUGCCAGAAAACAUCACCGACAGCUGGAUGCGCGUACAGUUCCCAAUCUACCGCUACGGGUACGGCUACAGCUUCCACGGCAUUGCCAUCAGGCGGGCGAUGAUUCCUUUGAUGGCACAUAUCGCUCUGGCAACUAUGCAUUGCACCUGGCUUUUGUACAGCGGCACGACGUAUCCAAGUUGGAAUAAUAUAGGGGAGGUCAUCGCGUUGACUAUGGGACCAUGGCCGUGUCUGUGCUUCGAGGCACCGCUUCUGGCAUCAAGAACUCGGAGACCUGAGCUCGACGAAUUGCCAUCCGCACAAAAUCGCCAGGAGUUCAACUCGCUUCGUUAGAUGGUCGUGAAUAUCUAGAAUUGGUAUUUCAGCAAGAUGGAGAGAGCUUUGGUGGAGCGAAAGAUCCCCACAGGGCGAAGAUACCGGUCGCCCAGGAGUCUUACUACUAACAGCACGUGCAUCUUGAUCGUUCACAAGAUUCAGAGCUCACGAGGCUAUCUUACUAUCAAGGAUUCUUCGCUUGGCACAGACUUUCUUCACUUGUGCUGGAAGGUUAUGGAGGGGCCCGGUCUCGCAGCACCAUCUUUCGACAUCGUUAAAGCUGUCUGAAAUGCAUAGACCGUACUGUAUUGUGUCACCGAACCCAAUCCUCGUUCGGAGACCCGUAUCGUGCAUACGAACCGAUGACAUGCCGUUGUUGAUGGUCACAGAAUCUGAGAGAUGGCUUCGCUCCUACCUACAAAGCUGAGGCUGGUGCGAGCGUGGGGCAGCGGGGGACUGAAGAUCGCCUCAUCAGUGAAGAGGCACGAAGACUUUCUCCAGC